CAGACGCGCAGAUGUGUGGAAUCAAAGUCAAUGAAGUGACUUUGGGGUUUGAACACCAAAUUACAGUCACAAAAAGGAAGCACUAUUUUCUUGACAAUUUCAAUCACGAACCUUCCUCCAAUUCUUUCUUCGACCCUUUUCUUGUUAAAUUCACGCGCCUUCAAAGGCUCUCUCUUUCUCUCUAUAUUUCUCUUCUUCUCCAUCUUCCUCUGUUCUCGAUCAUCUUUCUUCAUCUCCAUGCCUUCGUUAAGGUUACUUCACCUUUUCUCUCUUUCUGCCACGUCUAACCUAUCUCCCAUUCUGCACAAAACUUCUAAGGUGUAUAAUAAACUACCUGCCUUUCGAUCACUGUCUACAAGUUCAGUCAAAAUGGGUUCCGUAGGAAGCCACGGUGCUGUUUCGUACCAGAGCGUUGUCGUAAUGAGGCACGGCGAGCGCUUCGACAACUUAGAACCGUCGUGGGCCGCCACGGCGGCGCGUCCGUGGGAUCCACCGCUGGCCGAACCGGGCCGGCAGCGGGCGCUCGAAACGGGCCGGAGGCUCAGAGAGAGCCUCGGGUUUCCGAUCCGGCGGGUGUUCGUUUCGCCGUUCCUCCGCUGCCUCCAGACCGCCGUAGUACUCGUCCAGUCUCUCGCCGCCGUAGAGGAGGGUGGCAGCACCACUGAGGAUGGUGUUUCAGUUGACCACCCUUCUGAAGUCAAGGUGUCGGUUGAGUAUGGAUUAUGUGAAAUGGUGAACAGCAAGGCUAUUCGUCCAAAUGUUGCUCCAAAAGAUGGAAACUUGAGAUUUGAUAUAGCAGAGUGUGAAUCGAUGCUGCCAGCUGAGAUAGUGGAUAAAAAUGUUGAAAGGGUGUAUAAGGAGUUUCCGCGAUGGGGAGAAACAGAGUUGGAAGCAGGGGAAAGAUACAAGCACUUAAUUAAGAACCUUGCAGACAAAUAUCCCACUCAAAACUUGCUCCUUAUUACACAUGGUGAAGGAGUUAAGGUGGCAGUUUCUUCACUAAGAAAGGAUGCGGAGAUAAAUCAAGUGCAGUACUGUGGAUAUGUAGAACUUAGACGCCCUAUUUUCAACAAAGAUCACGCAUUUACCUUUGGAGAGUUUGAUUUACUCACUCCUAGUGAUAAAACUGGUGUAAGCUAUUCCCUCCCACCUUUCCACGAUUCCACCAACCAAACUUUCCCAUGA